AUGGCACACCUAGAACGGGAGGUGGGGGAGCUGAGACAGAGAGUGAUGAGCAGGCCACGGUGCACAAGGACGAAGGCGAGACUGGUGAAACACGAGGCGAAGCUCAAGGCGUAUGAGGAUGGGAGGCAUCAGAAAAUGCAAGAGCAGGCGGGCAUCAAGGUGGAGAUGGACGGCGAGGCUCCCACCGAUUUCCUGUCUGGGAAAAUCAAGGCGAGGAAGGCGAAGACAAGGCUGGAGGCGGUGAACUUUCAGGGGAAGCAGCACGUGGGGGCGAAGGAAGCUCUUAAAGUGGAAUCGGAGUUUUACGCAGACUUGUUGGCGGCUAAGGCAGGGCUGGGGGGCUUGCCGAUGGACUUCAAAAUGGAAAGAAGUUUCUCACCGGAGGAUGCAGCGGCAUUACGCGCACCAUGGGAUGAGGAGGAAGUCAAUCGAGCGCUGGCAGAAAUGGCGUCUGGCAAAACCCCAGGGAGAGACGGCCUCCCGAAGGAGCUCAGGGAGUCACAAUGGGACCUCAUGGGGGGCAGGUGA